AUGGUGGAUUUUGUUUACGUGGAUGAGGUGCAGGAUCUAACCAUGACACAAAUAGCACUUCUUAAAUAUGUCUGCAGGAAUUUCGAGGAGGGCUUCCAUUUUGCCGGUGAUACUGCGCAGACUAUAACAAGGGGGGUUGAUUUCAGAUUUCAAGAUAUUCGCUCACUUUUUUAUACCACAUUCCUCUCAGAAACUGAAGCAUGUAAUCAAGGAAAUAAACAUGGAAAACAAUGCCAUCUCUCUGAUAUGUUUCAACUUACUCAAAAUUUUCGCACACAUUCUGGGAUUCUUCAUAUGGCCCAAAGUAUCAUUGACCUUUUGUACUUCUUUUUCCCAUCAAGUGUUGACAAGCUUAAUCCAGAGACUGGACUUGUAUAUGGAGAACCUCCUGUGCUGCUGGAGACUGGUAAGGAUAAAAAUGCAAUUGUGAAUAUAUUUGGAGAAAACAAAAGUAAAGAUGGUAACCUGCAUGGGUUUGGUGCUGAGCAAGUCAUAUUGGUUCGUGAUGAUGCUACCAAAAAACAAAUUGUUGAUCUUGUUGGUAAACAGGCCCUUGUUUUGACUAUUGUUGAAUGUAAAGGUCUUGAAUUCCAGGAUGUGCUGUUGUACAAUAUUUUCACUUCAUCGCCUUUAAGAAACAAAUGGAGAGUUGUCUAUGGCUAUAUGAAAAACAAAAAUAUUUUAUCAUCACCUGAGGAGAUCUCUCAUCCGGAAUUCGACAGAAACAAGCACUGUCUUCUCUGUUCAGAGCUGAAGCAACUUUAUGUUGCCAUCACACGAACUAGGCAAAGAUUGUGGAUAUGUGAAACUGCAGAUGAUUACUGUCGGCCAAUGUUUGACUUCUGGAACAAGUUGUGUCUUGUAGAAGUAAGAUUACUUGAUUCUUCCUUCAUUGAAGCAAUGAAGACAGGAAGCAGCACUGAUGAUUGGAGGCGUCGGUGA